UCUGCCGGGGCUCUCUCCACACGCGCCGCCGCCUCUCGCCUCCCGCUCCCCGUAACGCGCCCUGCCUCGCACAAAGCAAUUGUUGCUUUUUGGGGGGGACGUCGUUACACGUAAAAUCAUCUCCAGCAGGGUUUCAGUUUGAGAUUGUGUGAGGGAGCUGGGAGAUGUGUCAGAGCUUGUUACUCCAGCUAAAUUAGGUAAUUUUUAGCUGGGUAAUGUGCUAAUCUUUAAACCUUUAUGUUUUUAAAUCCUGCGUAUGUCUGGUCUCCUCAUACAAAAGUGUAUUUUGCUUGUUUCUUCUCGCCUUCUUCAGUCUGAAGCCUUAUGUAGGUCAGGCUUGGCUUAAGCAGAUUUCCUGAACCUGCGUCAGCUUAAGCUGAAGGAAUUUUAAUAAACCCUCCCUUGUAGGCGUGGGCCUAAAUGAGACUAGCCUAGUUAAGCCUGAUCUUUUUCUGUUUGUGAAAAAGAGCUGAGCAGAGCUAGGGACUGCAUGGUGGCUCCAGGAACGGCUUCCUUAAUUCAAAGAUAACAAUGGUUGGAAAGGCCAGAUCUUCUAAUUUUACCUUAUCUGAAAAGCUCGAUUUGCUAAAACUCGUGAAGCCGUAUGUUAAAAUUCUCGAGGAACAUACCAAUAAGCAUUCUGUAAUAGUGGAAAAAAACAAAUGCUGGGAUAUUAUAGCUGAUAACUACAAUGCCAUCGGAGUAGAUCGCCCUCCUCGUACUGCACAGGGCCUGCGCACGCUGUACAAGAGGCUCAAAGAAUAUGCCAAACAGGAGCUAUUGCAGCAAAAGGAGACUCACUCAGAUUGUAAAAGCAGCUUUUCCGAGCCAACCAAGAAAGUUGUGGAGAUGAUUCCACAGAUUUCCAAUGUGUGUUUAAGAGACAGGAGCGGUGUUCAAAGUGCUAGUAUCGAUAAAGAAACAAUUGCUGGUACCAGUUCACCACAGGCAAUGCUGGAUCACCAUCCUGCGACAGUCAUGAUGGACUUGCAGUUGGAAGAGGAUGUCAAACCUCCUCCUUCUCUGAUUAUAGACUCACAGCAAAAUGAGAACUUAGAACAAGAGGAAGAACACCAGCUGGUGCAUGUUAUGGAAAGGUCUCCUUCAACAUCAGUGUCUUCAGUUGAUAUGAGGGUGAUGAUGUCUCCUUCCCCUGUACCAAGAAGAGAUGAGUUUUUUAGGCUUGAGGUUGGAGAACGCUUUAGACCAAUGUGUGGUUAUGACCCACAGAUGUUACAAAUGCUGAAAGAGGAGCAUCAAAUAAUAUUAGAAAACCAAAGAAAAAUUGGUCUUUACGUACAAGAAAAAAGGGAUGGUUUGAAAAGAAAGCAGCAACUGGAAGAAGAACUAUUGCGAACAAAAAUCAAAGUAGAGAAGCUGAAGGCAAUACGACUACGCCGUGAUCUGCCAGAAUACAGCAGUAUCUAAAUAUUUUAUUACUUCUGUCACAUUCUUUGAGAUACUUAAUAAUAAAUGCAGAAUUGUUUCUUAUGUUAAUAUGGAUGGAUCAAAAUCUGGGCUUAAGACAUGACAGCAUAUGUUGUUUAAGUACCUUAGAAAAAUACUUUGUUAUGGGUUUGAAUGCACCAACUCUUCUGGUCUAAAGUAUAAUGAAAUCCAUGUUUAAGUGUUUAGAUUAAUAAAAAUCCAAACUUUAAAAAUAUUUCCAUUUAUCUCUAGAGUUGUGAUGAGUUAAUGGAAUUUUAACUCAGCUCUUGUUAUAAAUUUUGGUCAUAUGCAUUAUUUUUUCAAAUAAUCACCUUUAAUAUCUUAAUGAAGUUGCAGGUAAAGAAAUGCAUAAAAGGAGAAAUAAGAGGCUAUGUUUAAAUGUUUUAUUCUUUUCAAGUUGGUAAAUCUUAUGACAGGAGUGACAUUUUUCUGAUAUGUCAGCUUGGAAAACAAAAUUACUGGAUUGUUAUAUUUUUUUAAUGUUCAGUAGACAGUUGAGUAAAUGUACAUCUUUUUAAAAGUUAAUACUUUUUAAUUGUUUCCAGUGGAGAAGUGUUUCCAUAGGAUGUUAUCAAAAUAAGAGACAAUGAAUGCAACACUUGGUUUUUAAAACUGCAUGCAUGUGUAAUUUGUGUGUACAGUUAUCACAAUUGUGUAUUCAGUUAUAGUAAUUAUACUGGUGAUCAACCACAUAGAUAUCUACUUUGCUAAUUUGCAUGCAUAAUUACUACAGUGCAUGUGCAACCAAGACAGUUGCAGGUGCCUUUGAUCAAUAUCACUAUAAGCUACUGAAAUAAAAUAGUUCCUGUGUGUAACAUGUGACUUGAAAUCAACAGAAGAUUGUGUUAUUCUGAGUCCCUUUUAUAGAUGCUGUUGUUCCAAUCUUUCAAUUAGUUUCAAAUAAAAAGCCCCAAAUGAAAACAAAAUUGAUUCUUCUAUCUGUC